AUGACAUUUGACGAGUAUCUCAUUGCUUUCUCGGGACGCUGGGAGGCCGUCGGCUUUAUCAUCACCAUGUUCGGCAUCUGCGCCGCCCACACGACCGUCGACGACCCGCUCUUCAACGGCCUGGGCCUCUCUGCUGCCGACCACAAGAACCUAGGCAUUCUGGCCACCGCUGGCAGCGACCGUUGCCUGCAAUUCUGCGAUAGUAUGGGUGUUAUGGGCGAUGCCCUCGGCUGGCUAUUGCUGCAACACAUCAACCUGCUGACCUUGGUCUGUGGUGACUACGACUAUCGACCACGGAAGCGCCUUGGAGAGCUCUCGACCCUGCUCUUCGCCAUGGGUUAUCACCAGCUCGACACUGGCGACGAUCUGCCCUUCUUCCUCGCCGAAGGGCGCAAGCGGCUCAUGGUAUCCGCCUAUACCUGCGACAAGGCGCUGGCAACGUUUUUGGGAUGUCCACCGCUGAUCGCCUAUCGCUUUUGUCGCAUCCAGCCGCCUUUGGACCUGGCACCGGCUGAAUUAGUCGCCGAGCCGGUCGUUCGGGAGGCCGCUAUCCGCAAACUGGAUUCGCAGGGUUGGAACACUAAGGGGUUCAUCAAGGGCAGCUCGUGGAGCCGAAUAUCUCUGCGACUGGCCCACGUCCGCGAGCUUGUCAUGGAGCUCUCUCUUGACUCCCACUAUCAGAACAUCUGGAAACAAGCGGAGGAAAUCUCGCAUCUGUUUUCACAGGUGCGCAGUGAGCUUCCGUCAUUCCUCCGGUGGGAUGAGAGAACCGAAAGUGCCUUGCGGCUAACAAACACAUUUCCUAUCUACAUCCAUCUCGAUCUCCUGUAUAGCAAUUUUCUCUUGCAGCGCAUCCUAGUCAAGCAUUCAUUGACCGGGCCCGAGACUCUGAUCAGCCUCGCGCACCAGAUCCUCACAGCUACUCUUACCCAGAUUGCCAUCGGUCAACGAUGCAGCAAUCCCUUCAGCGAACUCGGAUGGCUGAUUCCCUACUUUGGCCUUCCCUCAGCAGGGAUACUCGCCAUCGAACUCCUCCGUCUGACGCAGAAUCCGCAGCUACGGCUGAAUGAGACUCCAUUCCCUCGCUCUGAAGUGAUUCAAAACCUCAGCAUCCUCGUCUCGCACAUUCAAUACAUCAUUCUACCGCAGAAGGGUAACUAUGAAAUCUGCCAACAGGGCCGCAAGGUCAUCUCGUACAUUCUGGAGUACGUGCUCGACCAGCCUCCCACAGAUGUUACUGUGUCGGUUCCCCCAGUGGUGCCGAACAACCUAAUUCCCCCGGACUGGCUGGCUGACGAGUGGCUGAAUGAUGGGACGGACUUUAUCAAGUGGAUCGACGGGCUGGAUUGGGACGAGGACAAUGAAUUAUAA